AUGUCGCUCAACCGAGCAGCUUUGGACGAGUUCGUGAAGGAGAGAGUCACCCGUGACAUGGUGGCGUAUUUGGCCAAACAAGCUUCACAGGUCAUCCGAUGUGAGAGCCAUGUGACCAACUCACUCAACCAACAUGGCCAGCCGACUCCUCCAGCCACCCCUCCUAUGGACCCAGAAGACAACCUGCCUCCAUUACCCUCUACCGAGGCAUUCAUUGCUUCUCUCGUCGCCCGCUCGCAGGUCCAGGUGCCCACCCUCAUGAGUUCACUCGUUUACCUCGGUCGUCUGCGUGCUCGUCUUCCUCCCGUCGCUAAGGGCAUGCGAUGCACCGUCCACCGGAUCUUCCUCGCAUCGCUGAUCCUCGCCGCAAAGAACCUGAAUGACUCCAGCCCCAAGAACAAGCACUGGGCACGAUACACUGUGGUCAAGGGAUUUGAAGGGUUUGGUUUCUCCUUGCCAGAGGUGAAUUUGAUGGAACGUCAGCUGCUCUUCUUGUUGGACUGGGAUACUCGUGUUACCGAGGAGGAUCUUAUCACUUAUCUCGAGCCCUUCCUGGCUCCUAUUCGUGGACGUCUUGAGUUACAACAACGCCAACGCGAAGCUGAGGAGGAACACAAGCGCAAGCAACAGCAACAUCGGGAAUGGUAUGUCUGCACCUCCCACAAAUCUAUUCACCACUUUACUCAUAUGACUCUUAGGCGCCGUUUGCAUUACUCUGCGGAUCUGCUGGCCAGCCGCCUCCGUCGCCAGAAGGCUGAAGCCCGUGACAACAGUCGUCGGGCUGGAGUUGUUGACAACUCUUCCCGCCGUCUUCCCACCCACGUCUCAUGCCCAAGUGUUCGCGACGUCCAGUCUACCCAGUCUCUUGCUGAGACUGACCGAUACAACCCCUACAACCGUCACCGCACAUCGCCUCACCGACCCACUCGUUCUAUCUCUCCCCCAUCUAUCCGUGACGUCCCCGCCCUGUCUCACGCGGAGACCUUCAACUCGCUCUGCUCUCGUUCAUCAAGUGUUGCUCCCAGCUCCCGUGGUACCCCCGGAAGUAUCAGCACUGUUUCAUCCCAUGGCGCUGAUGACGUGAUGCUCACCGAUGCCAGCUCUAGCCCAUCAGUCACUUCACUGAACUAUAGCUACGUGAAUGUUGCCGCACUCGACCACAAGCAAUCGUUUGAGCCCAUCCGUCAACCAAGCAAGAAGAUGAAGGUCCACGGUCACUCCACCGGCGGCUUCGUAGCUCGCUUUCUAGCGUCCGCCACUGGCUCCUACAUGGGUGGACGUAUUGCUCGGCCUCACAAUUAA